AUGGCGAUCGAGCUCGAGCAGCAGCCAAAACCCGCCGCCGUGGCGCUCUCCAGAAUCGCAGUCUCCGAAACCCACGGAGAAGACUCUCCGUACUUCGCCGGGUGGAAGGCCUACGACGAGAACCCGUACGACGAGCUGACCAACCCGAGCGGGGUGAUCCAGAUGGGUCUGGCCGAAAACCAGGUCUCCUUCGACCUGCUCGAGGACUUCCUCGAACGCCACUCCGAGGCCGCCACGUGGGGGAAGGGAGCCACGGCCGGGUUCAGGGACAACGCCCUCUUCCAGGACUACCACGGCCUCAAAUCCUUCCGCGGGGCAAUGGCCUCCUUCAUGGAGCAAAUCCGCGGCGGCCGCGCCCGGUUCGACCCGGACCGGGUCGUCCUGACCGCGGGCGCGACCGCGGCCAACGAGCUCCUGACCUUCAUCCUGGCCAACCCGGGCGACGCCCUCCUCAUCCCGACCCCGUACUACCCGGGGUUCGACCGGGACCUGAGGUGGCGGACCGGCGUCCAAAUCGUCCCCAUCCACUGCCACAGCUCCAACAACUUCCAGAUCACCGAAUCCGCCCUCCACGCCGCAUACGACGACGCCGUUUCGCGCGGCCUCACGGUCCGCGGCGUCCUCAUCACCAACCCUUCCAACCCCCUGGGCGCCACGGUGCAGCGCGCCGCACUGGAGCAGAUCCUCGACUUCGCCGUGGAGAAGAACAUCCACCUCGUGUCCGACGAAAUCUACUCGGGCUCCACCUUCUCGUCCGCCGAGUUCGUCAGCAUCGCCGAGGUCCUCGAGUCCCGCGGCUCCCGCCACGUGGACAGGGAGCGGGUCCACAUCGUGUACAGCCUGUCCAAGGACCUGGGCCUGCCCGGGUUCCGCGUGGGGACCAUCUACUCCUACAACGACGCCGUUGUGACCACGGCGAGAAGGAUGUCGAGCUUCACGCUCAUCUCUUCGCAGACGCAGCACCUCCUCGCCUGCAUGCUCUCCGACGAGGAAUUCACCGCCAACUACGUAAAGACGAACAGGGAGCGGCUGAGGAGGAGGUACGACGCGAUCAUCGCCGGGCUGCGUCGCGCCGGGAUCGAGUGCCUACGUGGCAACGCGGGGCUGUUCUGCUGGAUGAACCUCGGUCCGUUGCUCGAGGAGACGACCAAGGAAGGCGAGCUGGCGCUGUGGAACCUGAUUGUGAGGGACGUGAGGCUCAAUAUCUCCCCCGGCUCGUCCUGCCAUUGCUCCGAGCCCGGGUGGUUCCGCGUCUGCUUCGCUAACAUGAGCGAGGCGACGCUGGACGUCGCCUUGGAUAGGCUGCACCGGUUCGUCGACCAGUAUCGUCGACGGACCGGGUCGAGCCAGUAA